AUGGCUUCUUCUGUUUUCUACGUCGAUUGCUCUGCCCCUGUUGCUGAUAAGUUCUUCCAGCUUCAAGAGUUUGUUGAAUACCUUCAGUCCCACAUGAAGGUCGACAACCUUAGAAAGAACCUCGCAAACAAGGUCACAAUCGAAGCUGACGCUGGCGCCAACAAGAUUGUCGUCAACGCUUCUGUUAAGUAUUCUAAGCGCGCUGUCCGCUAUUACGCUCGCAAGUUCCUUGCAAAGAAGGACAUCCGCAGCCGUUUCCAUGUAAUUGCUUCUGGAAAAGAUACAUAUGAGCUUCGUCCAUAUCGUGUCUCCAACGAGUAA